AGGGGCAGAAGACCGAGAGGAGCGGGCAGCAGCAGGGUGGGCACCAGUCAGGAGAAGGAUGAGCCAGCCUGUGCCUGCAGACCGGGAGGAGCAGGAUUAAUGAGAAGAGGAGGAUAACACUCAUCAGACACUGCACCAAGUCCUGGGCAAGGAGUACCAAGAGCUGCGGACCAUGGCUGCUACAGGUUCUGCAGAAAUGGAGGUUCCGAUCCAAGAGGACGGGGAGAGAAGUGAAGCCACGGCAGAAAUGAGCCACGGAGCUGACACUCCUGACCAUGUCCAGCCCAAGAACACCUCAGAGGAACCUAAAGGAAUAGAGAACACAGGAUUUGUUGGGGACCCCCCACCUUAUUCCCCCCCAGACCCAAAGAUUGCUCAUCUCCUGUAUCCCAGCUACCCAGCGAACUUCUCGGGGAACACGCCCGUCUACUACCAGUCCGCGCCCGCCAUGUCCAGUGUGUACAGUCAGCAGAACCUGGCACCGGGGUCGUACCCCUAUAUCAUAAACGACAGCGCCCUGGGGAUGCCGCCUUCACAGCCGGAGGUGAGGACCAAGGACUACAUGGUGGAGUCGGUGCUGGUCACGUUCUUCUGCUGCUUCCUGACGGGGAUCAUCGCUGUGGUCUACUCGCAUGAGACCCGAUCGGCACUGAGCAGAGGCGACCUCCUGCAGGCCCAGGAGUCCUCCCGCAAGGCGCGCUCCCUCAUCCUCUUCAGCCUGCUCUUUGGCGUCUUCAUCUCAGCCAGCUGGAUCAUAUACGUGGUGGUGACCAUAUUCUUAUGACGGGGAACGAAGCUCUGGGAACUGUAAAAAGUUCAGUCUGGCGAUGUGGCCCCCAACCAGAAAACGUUGUGCACCCCUGAUCUAGAAAGACCAACAGUUCCCAACCACAGACUCCACAAUUUAUCAGACUGAUGAGGACGCCCCCGUUUCAAGAAUAUCGCUUUCUCGUACAUCAACAUAGUAAACUUUACCAUGAAAUUCCUCCAUCUUUGGGGGGAGACGUUUGAAUCCAAUGAAGAGCAAUACGUUUCCUGGCUACGUAUAAUACCCUCCCUAGUGCUGUCCUACCUACCUCGUCUAUACCAACAUCCACCAGAGAACCCAAGAUACAAGCUUCAGGGUCACGAGGAAUUCUUAUUGAGAAGAGACUGAAUUAUUUCCAGUACAUUCGUCCAAAACUCAUCCAACCUUGGACAGAACCACAACACAUGUAUUAAAGCUGCUGGAUCCAUAUGACAUCUUGGCCAUGUAGCAUCCGCUCCGACACCAAUUCGCUGUACAAACACUGGGGUUUUGUAAACCGCGUAUAAUAAACAAUUGCGAUAGUUUAGCACAUUCGUCUAAGGACGAUUUCGGUUCUGCCUCCACGAUGUCCUCCCCUUGUUACCUCUCCAAUAUCUACAUCCCAGGCUUUCAUUCUUGACAGUGGACGUGAAUCCAGAAAUGUAUCUAGAAGCAUUUGACAUAGUAGUGCGGAUAUCACUCCCCAUUCAAUGUAAAGCAGCAUCUCUUAGGGCCCCAGUAUUUCCAGUUUUAGACACAGUUGCAUGUAUGCCGUAUUUGUAAGUACUGAUAACACUUCCCUCUUGGUAGGUCAUACACGUCCAUUAUAUUAUUGAAGCACCUCUUUAUCUAAUAGGCUACUUCUUCUAUUUUCUCCUUUAUUUACCCAAAUUUGAAACCCCUUCAAGGUUAAAAACUCAGGAAGCAUAUGAUUGUUCAGUAAAACCUGCGAUGCCCCUCAAUUGUUCAGCUUUUUCCCAUAAAUACAGGGAUAUUCCUGAGCAGAACCUGCCCCACUCUGUGCGUGAUCUGAGGCCAGGACGGAGGCUCACCAUCCAGCAGGACAAUGACCCCAAACAUACGGCUAAAGCAACACUUGGGGGGUUUAAUGGGAGACAAGUAAAUGUGUUGGAACGGCCGAGUCACAGCCCAGAUCUCAGUCCAAUAGAAGAUCUGUGGUCAGACGUAAAGAUCGCUGUUCACGAGCGCAAACAUCCGACCUGAAGGAGCCGUUCUGCAAGGAGGAAUGGGCAACAAUCCCAGCGGUCAGAUGUGGCGACUGCUCCUAGAGGCUGAUCCAGAGA